GACGUUUGGCACAUGGAAGGCCCAUGGAGCGGGAGAAGUUCCAAAUGUCACGUGACUAAUAUGCCCUCCGGCGCCCUGUUUUCACCGGCGUCCCCGUUAGGGACGACGGUGAAAACAGGGCCUUGUGUCCAACGCUUUUUGCCUAAUUUUGAUUUUCACUGAUGGGAGCUGUGCCUGUGUCUUCAUAUUUUCCGAAAACUAGGUGCAGAUUUUUUUGAGUCACUGCCUCAUUUGUAGCUUAUUUGGUGCAAAGAAUAUCGACUUUGUAUGUAAAAUGUUAGAGAGUUUUUGAAAGUUACCAUUCAUACCAUGUUAUCAUUGAAACUUUGGGUACCAAAGCUGGCUGGUGCCAGCACAUGUUUUCGUCCAGGCAUCAGCUGCUUGCUUUCAUCUUUGAAAGUUCAACAAUGUCAUCACGCCGCCGGCCGAUUGACACCCGUCCUGUCAGUGCUCGUGCAGAAACAAGACAAGGCUGUAUUGGGGAUACAACCCAGCAGAAAUGCUGGAUUCUUCACAAACAUGAGCGCCAACGAGCUCUGGAAGGGAGUCACCGGUGUCAGUAACGCCGGCCGAAAGCGGGGCCGUGGCCGCGGCGCCGGAGUCAAGAGACGGCGUGACCUCAACCGGGGUCAGGUUAUCGGUGUCGGCAAGGUGAACAUGAUGUGGCCCGGUCUGAACGCGCCCGUGCUGCGGAACGGCGAGCUGGUGCGCCAGCAGAGCCAGCCGCGGGACGAGCAGCGCGAGAGCCGGCUGCAGGCCAUCCGGGACCAGUUCACUGACCAGCGCUCAUUCAAACUGACCCCCCUCGAGCGCGGCUGGUCCGGAAACCGGCUGCCCGGCCGCAGCAUUGGGCCGCCAGACGCCGUCGACUUUGAGACGUUCGAGGGUUUCGACACGACCGUACUGGAGCUGAAGACGGUGUUCUCCAUGACGGCCACCGCCGGCCGGACGCGGCACAUCAGCUGCUUCGCCGUGACCGGCAACGGCGCCGGCCUGGUCGGUUACGGUCUCGGCAAGGGCAACACGGGCAUGGCCGCCAUCAAGCAGUGCAAGCGGCGCGCCGGCCAGCGGCUUAUCUACGUGGAGCGCUGCGACGGACACACAGUGUUUCACGACUUUUUCACGCGUUUCGCGGCGGUGCGUAUAUUCGUGGAGCGUCGUCCGCGCGGUCACGGCCUGCAGUGUCACCGGGCGAUCCGCGAGAUCUGCCACCGGGUGGGCAUCUCCGACCUGUACGCCAAGGUGGAGGGGCCCACUGACAACGUGCAGAGCAUCACCAAGGCCUUCUUCCUCGGACUGCUGCGACAGCGGACGCACCAGCAGCUGGCCGACGAGAAGCGACUGCACCUGGUCGAGCUGCGACCCGAGGCGGACAACUACCCGCGCCUGGUGGCCUCGCCGGGUGGUGCGCCCGUGCGCUCCAAGGAGCAGAUUCCCGCCGACGAGGAGCUCGACUUCCAGCUGCACAUCUUUGAAGGAAAGGUGCCGCUCAAGAUGCCUCCAAAACAGCCCUUCUACAUGAAGCUGCCGUGUUAUCAAACACAUCUGAACAAGGUCAAACAUCUCAAAAAUCAGGAACAGGUGCGCGUGUCUCUGCUGGCCGAGCACGGCGAGGUGCGCAGCUUCCUGGCCGAUCAGUACCCAGAGUGUCGGGCCGCCUCGGCCGCGCUCUGGGCAGAAAAGAGACAGGCGGCCGAAGACGACCAGGAACAGGACGAGAUGUGACGCGCCAAGACGUAGUGUUAACUAUCAUCGCAGGAAACAGUCGUGAUUUAUAAUAUAAGCGCUUGUGUGAGGAA